AUCUAGUUUUAAACAGCGAUUACGUAACUUACUUGGAUAUGAGCGUGCUAUUAUUCGUGGUUACUUUGAAGCCUAUGACCAUAUACCUGGAGGUGCGAUUGAUUCACAUUUGUUAAUAAAUUAUAUGAAUGCUAAAGAAGCUGGGUACUCAUAUAUUGAUAUAUAUAUGACUCCAUGUACUGGAAGUUCAACAUGUAAAACACCUCAGCAACAAGUCGAUGAAUUGGUCCAAUUUAUUAAUACCAAUCAGUUAAUAGUUCAAACAUUUUGGUUAGAUUUAUAUGUGAAUCCGGAUUCUGGUAAUUGGAAUUUGGGUCCGAUAAAGAACAGACAAAUAAUAACAAAUUUCUGUGCUGCUUGGAAAUCUACUGAUUUGUUAUUCGGUAUAUUCACUAGUAAAAGGCAAUGGGGUAUGAUUACUGGAGAUGAAAAUUGGGUUUUGGAUCCUAAUAUUCCAUUAUGGUAUGCUAUUUACGAUAGUCAUCCUGUCUUGGAUGAUAACGAACUUUUUGGCGGAUGGACUCAGGGUAUGGGCAAACAAUAUGCUGGGGAGUCAAAGUUCUGUGGAGGAAAGUUUGGCGAGAAUAUCUUCAGAUGA